AGCUGCAGGGACACAUGCUCUCAGCUGCUCUGUGUGUGUGUGUGUGUGUGUGUGCUUUGUGUAUAGCUGGAGGGCUUCCCUCUUGGAAAUUCUGGGAUUAAUGACACAUUAAGACCUCUCCAAGAGAGUGGAUUGAAAGAAAAAAAAAAAAAAAAAAGAAAAAAAAAAAGAAAUCUGAAACAGGAAGGCAGUCUGAUGACUUUUCCUGCAAAGUUUAGUACUUCAAAAGUUAACUUCUAAGCAACUGCAGAUGCGUGGAUAAAAGCUGUCUAGGACAAUAUGCAGCAGCCCUUACCUUUCCACCAGCAUCUCCAACUUGUUGCCUACCUCUGCUGGAUUCCCUUGUUGGCCAUUAACAGUGAGUCAGCUCCAUUAGCUCCUGAGUGCUCCCCAGCAGGACACCGCAUCCUGCGCAAUCCCUACCGCAGCACCAGGUACGACUCAUUGGAGCUGCAGCGAACAGCUGCUCAGGACAUGGUGUGUGACCACUCGCUGCCACCGGCAUGGUACCGGUUCAUGAUCAACAAGAGGCCUGCAGAAAUGCCAACAAGAUGUGUCGAAAUGAACAAAUGUGGGACACAAGCUCCGGUGUGGCUGUCGCUGAGGUCUGAAUCCCUACCAGCUCCUGGUGAGAUCAAGCACCUGACAGCCUGUGCUACCUGGCAGGUUUUUGGGGGCACCAAGGACUGCUGCUUGUUUCGGAUACCUGUUGCCGUCAGGAACUGUGGCGAGUUCUUUGUUUAUCUCCUGCAGCCUACUCAAGGAUGCAUGGGCUACUGUGCAGAAGAAAACCUCCCAAGCUUGACUUUGCAGCCAGCGAUAACUCCCGAGCUCGUGCAAGGUCAUGCCCAUUUGAAAUGCACCUGGGCUCCCCCCGGCUCCAGGCCGUUGAUGCAGUACACGGUGGUCUGGUCACGCCUGGUCACCCCCAGUACACGAGAGCAGAUCCGGCAUGACACCACCCCGCAGGCUUUUUCUUUCUUGGAGAUGAGAGGUGAAAAUGUCCGACUGGGAGACACGGUCUUUUGCACUGUCACUGCAUUUGCAAGGGACACUCCUGAGCAGCAAUCGUUGCCUGAGGAGAGCAAAGGUUUCUACGCUGGGAUUAAGUUUUUACCAGAAUCGUUACAAAUUGCAGAAGAUGGCAAGGAACACGUUUUGACCAUUCUGAGCACUGUGCCCAUUACCUGUUCUGGGCACGAUGAUUCCUGUAAAAUCACGUUACAGCUAAGUACUGAGGAUUUGGACAGGCAAUUACCAGGGCUGCCAGACAUCGCCCUUUCAGCGUGCCAGGUGGACCUGGUGCCAAUGCCCUGCUCAGAGGGCAGCUGUGCAGCAGCCACGCUGAUGGUGACAGCCGUGACAGACUUUGCUCAGGAUGGGAACCGCAUCAGCCGCAUCAGAGCUGAGCCAGUCGGAUGGAGAGAUUCACUUUGGAGGGCUCACACACCAAAGGAUGUGAAGGUCACAGUUCGAGACCUCCCAACAGGGAACUGCUACUCUUUCACUGAUCCACACAUUAUCACAUUUGAUGGAUGGCGUUACGAUAAUUACAAAAUCGGCACCUUCCUUUUGUGCCAGAGCACAUCGCGGGCGUUCGAAGUGCACGUUCGGCAGUGGGACUGUGGAGGCCUCCGCUCCGCCAUGGCCUGCAACUGUGGGGUGGCUGCGCGAGAGGGGGACGACGUCGUCAUGCUGGACUCCUGCAAUGGCCAUUCUCAGGAAACUAGGCCACAGCUCGCCAUCCGCAGCACUGGGGCAUCGCCACAGGUCAAAAUCCUAAAGGCCUACGGAGGGAGAAAAAUCACAAUCUUGUUCCCUUCAGGAGCAUUUGUUCGAGCUGAUGUGAGCGAGUGGGGAAUGGGCUUGACGGUAAGGACGCCGAGCAGUGACUUCAACAGCACCAGGGGUUUGUGUGGCCUCUUUGAUGGGAUCAGUCAUAACGACUUGAACAAUGCGCCCGAGGAAGACUUCGUAGAAGAGUGGAGAAUACCUCCGGGAAAGAGUUUAUUUGACAAGACUCCAGCACCUUCUGAGGGGAAGCAAAGGAAAAAUUACUGCGGAUGUCAGAAGGAGAGCACUAAGUCUGUGUCCUUGGUAAACACGCCGAAUGCCUUUCAGACUCAAUCUCCUGGUUGCCAUUAUGAUAAUGUGGAUUACACUUCUGCAAUCCCGUAUCUAGAUGUUACAUCAGAGUUUGUCACUCACUCAGGCAAAGAGUCUGCUUUAAGAAAUGAUGGGAAACUGUCAGCCAAGUCUUUUGAUCAAAGAUAUCUGCCUAAAUCAGUCAAAAAGCGAGGUAGCCCCGAGGAGCGAUUAAAAGCCCUUGCACAUAAUGUUUCCAUGAAAAACAACGGUUUCCUUAACUUUACCAAGCCAACAGAACAACUACAGAGAGCAAAAAGGCAAGAAGACUACUAUGAGUACUCAUUCUUUUACCCACUGCAUAGCCCAAGCCAGACAGACUCAGACAGCUUUGCCUAUUUUUUCCCAGAGGAUUAUUUUGAAGGGAUUCGGACAAAACUUCCACUGGGAUGGCCUACUCCCAACGGUCUAACCUCUGCCAAAGCUCAUGAGAUUUGCCACCGAAUUCUUGCAAAUUCCACCAUUGGCUUGGUGUGUAAGGCUCUCCUUGGAGAGCUAAUAGAUGAGGCCAUUGAUAUAUGUGUUUUAGAUCUGCAGCUCAAGGAUGACAUGGCCUGGGUGAGGGCACUGAUAGCACUUUUGGAAAAUGAAUGUGAAAGACUAGUGCUAAGAAACAGAGGUAAAGUGUUUCAUGUCAGAAACCAGACAUCUGCUACCCAGGAGGAAAUCCUCACCAUUCUCCGGUGUCCUGCUUUCUGUAACGGCAAUGGACAAUGCACGAACUUGGGCUGCCAGUGCUUUGAAGACCACAGCUCCUAUGAUUGUAGCAUUGCCAAGAAGCAAGCUUUGGAAAUCACGGGCUUGGAGAAUGGGGGCCUCUGCGACAUCCGUACCUUGGACUGCACCAGGACCCGGGUAUUUGGCUUUGGCUUCACAGAUUCCCCCAACCUGCACUGUGAGGUUACCAGGCUAAUUCAUCUCAAUGGCGAAUGGAUAUCAAGAGAGCAAGAAACAACACGAGCAGAUUUUCUCAGCUCUGAGGCUGUUGACUGCCAAAUUCCUCUCCUGAACAUCACAGAGACAGAGGCUGUGCACUUUGUGGCCGGUGACGAGCCGUUCGCAAGAUGGCAAGUGAAAAUCACUAAUGAUGGCUUCCAGUACAGUAAUUCCAGAGUGCUGACCCUGUAUGACACAGUCUGCCAGGCCUGUGAAUCCCAUCCAACCGGACUUUGUAAAUUAAAGGAAAAUACUUGUAAUAUAGAUGGACUUUGCUAUGGUGAAGGAGAGUCAAGCCCUACCAGUCCUUGUCUUCUCUGUGAACCUGAUAUUUCUAAGUUCACCUGGUCUAUUAAUGAAAACAACCUGCCUCCUGUGUUCCAGACCCCCUCCAGUCAGCUGCUGACAUUUAUUGGUGAGAAUUUUGUUUACCAGUUAAUAGCAGUGGAUCCGGAAGGGUCAGCUGUGCUAUUCAUCCUAGAGGCUGGGCCGCAGGAUGCCAGGCUCUCUCCUGCUGGCCUUCUUAUCUGGAAAGUGGAUUCAGAAGACAGGCAGACCUUUGAAUUCACGGUGUCGGAUGAAUGCAAUGCACAGAGCAGAUACUCUAUUGAGGUUCGAGUGAAGCCCUGCAGCUGCCUCAAUGGUGGAACGUGUGUUACCAAUAUUAAAUUCCCUCCAGGCCUUGGCGAAUAUCUCUGCUUAUGUCCAAAUGGUUUUGAUGGGGAGUUUUGCCAGGAAGAUAUUAAUGAAUGCAAGUCAAACCCAUGCGGCAGCGGAACGUGUGUGGACAGUGUGGACCGCUACAUCUGUAAAUGUCCCCCUGGUUUGGGAGGGCUUACUUGUCAGGAGGACAGGAAUGAAUGUGAAGAGAGUCUUUGUUUUCCUGGAGUGUCUUGUAUGAAUACCUUUGGAUCAUAUAUAUGUGGAAUUUGCCCCAGUGGGAUGGAGGGAAAUGGUAAAACUUGCAAACCUGUGCUUGCUGCUGACAUUACACAGGUUUUAGUCAUUGACAACAGCAAUGGCAAAGGUGACUUGAACAAGACUAAGGUCGAGUGGCCACUGCAACCCUUAGAGGCAAAAAACUCUCCUGUAAUUAAGAAUUUUAACAGAAGUGAUACACAUGGUCAUGCAGCGCCUCUGUCCCAUGUUACUACCUGUGCCAAUAGGCCGUGUUUUCCUGGAGUAUUGUGUUUUGAUCGGAAACCCCCUUACAUUGGAUAUGUCUGUGGCCGAUGUCCACCAGGAUUUUUUGGAAAUGGUCGAAUCUGUAGCAAGGUCCCCAGACCAGAUUCAAGAUCUUCCCAAAGCCGUGUGGAUGUUGCUGAGAGAAAUAACGAAGAUGCUAGAGGCUCUCACCAUGAAGGCAAGACAUUAAGAAACAUAUAUUCCCUUCUUUCCCAAACCCAAAUUCCAAGACAACAAACUACGUACUUUAUGGAAAGAAACCACACAGUCAUUAACACUCCAUUUCUUACAAUGAAAAGGAAGAUUUCCGAGGCUCAGACAUUGUCAGAAAAAAAAUAUGCUAUGGAGUCCACAGCACCUGAGAAACAGACUUUUCUUGACAAAAGAAGUGAUGCACACACUUUCCUUCUGCACGAGGAACCAGACCCCAGAACAGCAGCUGUCAGUGUGACAACUCCUACUGCUGUGCAUUUUAAGCAGUACAAACCAGGUCCAACACGGACGGCUCCUUCUCAUCGCAACACAAAUGAAAGCUCAUUCUUUGCAAGGCAACAUGCUGCUCAGCAAGUCAUUCCCUUGACACAGCCCCCCAGGGUGCUAGCAUCCCACCUGUUCCCCCAGCAAGGCUUCCCAGCACAGACUGCAGCACUCAGGCAGGCAUACAAGGCGGCGAUGGACUAUGUGGAACUGCCAAAAACUAUCAGUAGGACACGUCAGGAUGUCAUCUGUGCUAAUAUGCCGUGCUUCAGUGGUGUGCAGUGUGAGCCAGAUGAAGAUGGAGGGUUUAAAUGUGGGUCUUGUCCCAUGGGAUACAGCGGUAAUGGAAUUACGUGUGAAGUGCAGUGUGAUCCACCAUGUGAGAACGGAGGCACUUGUGUAGCUCAAAAUACGUGUUCUUGUGCCUAUGGAUUUGUUGGUCCUCGAUGUGAAACAAUGGUGUGUAACAGACACUGCCAUAAUGGUGGGGUCUGUGUGUCACCAGAUGAGUGCAAAUGCAAAAGUGGAUGGAGCAGCCCGUCUUGCGAAAUCGCUGUGUGCAAUCCCCUGUGCUUAAAUGGAGGAAUCUGUGUACGGCCAAACACGUGUGCGUGUCCUUAUGGAUUCUAUGGGCCACAGUGCCAGAGAGCUGUUUGCAUUCCUCCUUGUAAGAAUGGUGGGCACUGUGUUCGAACCAACGUGUGCUCCUGUACCGAGGGCUACACUGGAAGAAGGUGUCAGAAAAGUGUCUGCGAUCCCAUGUGCGUGAACGGAGGGAAGUGUGUAAGCCCAAAUGUCUGUGACUGCCCAUCUGGUUGGAGAGGGAAACACUGUAAUAAACCUGUUUGCCUGCAGAAAUGCCUGAACGGUGGUGAAUGUAUAGGUCCAAACAUCUGUGAGUGCUCUGAAGGAUGGGUAGGAAUGCUGUGCCAGACCCCAAUUUGUGAGCAAAAAUGUCUGUUUGGAAGCAGAUGCAUAAGACCAAAUGUCUGUGCUUGCAGAAGUGGCUACACUGGCUCAGCAUGUGAAAAGAAGCUACCAAUAGGAUGAAGAUAACAUAACAGCAGGACAAUGAAGACAAUCAUUUGGGUAUUGAUAAUCUGGCACUGACUGCAUUUUUUGUUUGGGAAGAUAUAGUGUGAAGAAAUUGCUAGUUUUCUCCCUUCUGCCCUCAUAUAAUCACACAGAAGAAUAAAAAACACUUAGCCACACGUCAAUAGAACUAACUUUAUUUUCAAAACCAUCUAUGGCUAGGCUCAAAUUCAUGAACUGCAGCUGUAAUGUCACCAUCACAGUGACUGCUCCUGACCACAAUGUCAUUUUUAAAUGAUACAGAACAUUUACAAAGAGUUUUAGUGCCCUGUCGUUCUGCUUUCAUGAAAAUCAGAAGACAUUUAUAAACUUCCUCAUUUCUUCCCAUUUUUUAAACAGGUUUGUUUACUCACAGCCCAGAGAAAAAUAAAUAAAAAAGAUACUGCUUCUACUGAGAAAUUUCAGAGACUACCAAGGGAAAGACCUCAAUAACAUUUAACUAACACUAACUCCAGUUAUUUUAAUUCAUCAUUCCGCUGAGUAACUGCUAAAGCUAAAUGCUUUAGUUUUCUAGGUUGCUAGUGUGCCAGCAUUUAAUUAAGGAGGUAUCAAUACAGUGCCUGUUGAAAUGCUGGCAUUACUUGCAUCUGCACCUGAGUCCUCCUUUGCCCUCAGUCACAGCUAUACAUUGCUCCUGAGCAAGUCAACUGUUGACAUGCUAAAGGUACAUGAGCACCCACGUAGUCAUCUUACCUUAAUCCCUCAAAACAUUUUACAAAACUAGUUUUUGAAUCAUACAAUAGAUGCUUACUGAAAUGCCGGGAAAUCUAGAUGCUCUCGAAAAGACACAUUCUAAUCUGAAAAUUCAGAUUAUUAUUUUUAGAUUUUUUUUUGUCUCACCUUACAGUGGCUAAAAGAUGAGUAGCUUUUUAGAUCUGGGUGCUUCAUCACACGAUGUGGCACUGCCAUGGGAUGUGAUGGAGAGGUGGCAGAAAACCCAGAGAAGAGAUGGAAGGAGUGCAAGGUGGGGAAUAAGAAAACCGAUUGUAAGUUAACUUGGAAAAAAAGGGUUUUAAACUGCCACCACAGACAACUUUCAAGUUCAGUAAGGUAAAACCCAAACAAUCUUCUGGGCAUUCAUGUUAUCUUUACAUUUCUCUUACUGGAAGAUUCAGAGCAACUGUAGAUCAAAACCUAUGUGCCUUUAUGCAGGAAUACAGGAGUUCUGACAUUCCCUCACUCUUCCAGAAGUAACUUAAAGUGAACAAUCACACAAGUAAGGAUUUUUUGAUUGAACCUUCAGGGCUGCAACAGUAACUAGAUGUAAGAUUUGAUCUGACCCUUGCUGUCAAUUUAUAAGAAUAAAAAAUACUGACUCUAAGACCUUAGAAGGACUGCAAAUUAAGUGAUGAAAAAGCUAGGAAAAUUGCCAGUACUAACUCACAGAAACAUUCCUCCUCUCUUUUGCCCAGCUCAUAAUAGUGACUUUUUUUUUUCUCCAUGUCUAACUUUGUAUAUAGCAAAAUGCUUUUCAAUGUAUCCAUUCUAAUUUCCAAUAAACGGUUUUUCUAUUA